AUGAAUUCGCCAUGCAUGUCUGGGAAUGUUUGUACAAAGAAUUUCCCCAAGAAAUUUGUUGACACUUCUACAUUAGAUGAUGAUGGAUAUCCUAUCUACAGGCGUCGAGAUACUGGUAGGAUUGUACUGAAGAACGGGAUUCCUCUAGAUAAUAGAUAUGUUGUGCCACAUAAUAGAGAGCUGUUAUUGAAGUAUAGGGCCCACAUCAAUGUGGAGUGGUGCAAUCAAUCGCGGCCGAUUAAGUACCUUUUCAAAUAUAUCAACAAAGGCCACGAUCGUGUCACUGCAGAAUUUUGCAAGUCAAACACAGACAAGGAGAAUGGAAAAGUGGUGGAUGAAAUCAAUAUGUACUACGAUUGUAGAUACAUUUCUCCAUGUGAAGCGGCAUGGAGAUUGUUUGGCUUUGACAUUCAAUUAAGAGCUCCCUCAGUUGAACGUUUAAGCUUCCACCUUCCUGGGCAACAAAGUGUCAUAUUUGUAGAUGAUGAUCCUGUUGAGAAUGCUGUAAAUAGGCCAACUAUUGCCCAUAGUAGGUUCAUGGAAUGGUUUGAAGCUAAUAGAACCUACCCAGAAGCAAGAGCAUUGACUUAUGCUGAAAUGCCUACUAGAUUUGUGUGGAAGAAAGAUAUUAGGAAAUGGACUCCAAGGAAAAGAGGAUUUGCAAUCGGUAGGGUUUUUUAUGUUCCUCCUGGUACCGAAGACAUAUAUUACCUUAGAUGCCUAUUGAAUAAGGUGCGGGGACCCAUGAGUUUUUCAGAUUUAAUGAAAGUAGAUGGUGUGCAGUUUGAUUCCUUCAAAGAUGCAUGUUAUGCCAGAGGGUUAAUAGAUGACGACAAAGAAUAUGUGGACGCUAUUAUAGAAGUCAAUGACUGGGCAACAGGAAGUCAUUUGAGAAGAUUGUUUGUUACUUUGUUAAUGUCAAACUCCAUUGCAAGACCUGAUGCGGUUUGGGAUGCUGUGUGGCACUUGCUAUCUGAGGACGCUCAAUUCCACGUGCAAACAAAUUUGAACAUGCCAGGUGUUAGGAACAUAUUGUAA